AUGACAACUACUCCUGGAGCAUUUCCACAAAUUCCUGAGUAUGACAAGAAGAUCAAGUACUAUCUUGGAGAGGUAAUUGAUCUUGAUUAUGAAGAAGAUCAGGACCGGUUGGUUAAGCCUAGAAAGAAGGACCAUCCACAGAAAUUGAAGGAUUCAGGGACUUUGGCUCUUCCUUGCGUGAUCAAUGAUGUGGACAUAGGGAGAGCCAUGAUCGAUUCAGGAUCAAGUGUUAAUUUGAUGCCCUUUAGUGAUUUCAAGAAGAUCGGAGGGCUAAGAUUAAAACCAGUCAAUACUACCCUGACAAUUGCGGAUGGAUCUAUCAAGAAGCCAGUUGGUAUGGUGGAAGAUGUAAUUGUUCGAAUUGAGGAGUUGGAAUUCUUUAUUGAUUUUCUAGUUGUGGACAUGAUACUUGAGGAGAAGAAGGUAUGUAAAUAG